ACUUCACUAAUUUAACCUGUUAGACUAAAAACUCCAGAGAAAUUGGUUUUCCCCUAUUUAGUAUUUUUAAAAAGUCCAUGGGAUUUAAAAAUCUAAGUCUUGGAGCAAUAGCCUAUUCUUAUGUUUUCCUUAAAACAAUUCAUUUUAUCCUUGAGAUGGGAGAUGAAUCCCUAGAUUAAGUUCCUAUAGUUUUUCUGAAUCCAGACCAUUUAUAUUUUUCUUGCUUUUUUCUCUAGUAUAAUUAAACAGUGAUGGAUUAAAACUAGGUUGCAGCAGAGAUUGGGGGGGAAAAAUCUCCCGGCAUCCCUUCCUGCAGAAGCAUCGCUAGAGCAAUGAGUGUAGCUGCCACUUUAACUGACAUGUCUUAAAUUCUGCCCUGCAAAGCCCUGGGAUGCUGUCAGUCGCCUCGGCAACUUCUUUGCUUUGCCUGAUAAUUGAGAGUCAAUUGGAGCCAAAAGAAUAGAACAAAUUGAAGACUUUUGUUGGCUCUUAAAUUGAAGAUUGUCUCUUCUUUCUAUUGGCUUUUAAAAAAAUCUGGUAGAAGAGAGGGAAAGACAUUUUCAUAGUGGAGCUGUAUUCAUUUCUCCAAAGUUACAGCUGCUUUAAAUCUGUCUCCUCAACCAGAUAUGGCAACAAGUAGCUUUCACUUUGCAUCAUAUGAUACCAAACGGGCAUCCAGACAGCUUGGAACAUCAAGUUCGAGCAGUUCAUCAUCAACCAAAGUGGAUCUCAAGAGUGGCCUAGAAGAAUGUGCAGUGGCAUUGAAUUUAUUUCUAAGUAACAGAUUUACAGAUGCCUUAGAAUUGCUUCGUCCAGGGGCUAAGGAGAGUAUGUACCAUGCCUUGGGCUACAGUACCAUUGUGGUGUUGCAGGCUGUCAUGACCUUUGAGCAACAGGACAUCCAAAAAGGCAUUUCUGCCAUGAAGGACGCUUUACAAACCUGCCAAAAAUAUAGGAAAAAAUGCACAGUUGUAGAAUCUUUUUCAAGUCUUCUUUCUCGAGGAUCAUUGGAACAGCUGAGUGAAGAGGAGAUGCAUGCUGAAAUCUGUUAUGCUGAGUGUCUUCUACAGAAAGCAGCACUCACCUUUGUGCAGGAUGAAAAUAUGAUCAACUUCAUCAAAGGUGGACUCAAAAUUAGAACAAGUUACCAAAUAUAUAAAGAAUGUCUUUCUAUCCUGCAUGUAAUUCAGAAGAAUAAACUCGAGCAAGAAUUCUUCUAUGAGUUUGAAGGAGGUGUCAAGCUUGGAACAGGGGCCUUUAACUUGAUGCUGUCUCUUUUACCAGCAAGGAUUAUCCGAUUAUUAGAAUUUAUUGGAUUUUCUGGAAACAGGGAGUUGGGCCUCCUGCAGCUUCGGGAAGGUGCAUCGGGAAGAAGCAUGAGGUCUUCACUGUGCUGCCUAACCAUCCUGGCUUUCCACACUUAUAUCUCCCUCAUACUUGGUACAGGAGAAGUGAAUGUUGGGGAAGCAGAGAGUCUCCUUGCACCCUUCCUCCAGCAGUUUCCAAACGGCUCACUCAUGUUGUUUUAUCAUGCCCGAAUCGAGUUGCUGAAAGGGAAUAUUGAAGAGGCACAAGAGAUAUUUCGAAAAUGCAUUUCAGUUCAAGAAGAAUGGAAACAGUUUCACCAUCUCUGUUACUGGGAGCUAAUGUGGAUUUAUGUAUUCCAACAAAACUGGAUGCAGGCGUAUUACUAUUCAGAUCUGCUUUGCAAAGAGAGUAAAUGGUCCAAGGCAACAUAUGUAUUUUUGAAAGCUGCAAUUUUGAGUAUGCUUCCUGAGGAAGAUGUGGUGGCAACCAAUGAGAAUGUGGUAACUUUAUUCAGACAGGUGGAUGGCUUGAAGCAGAGAAUUGCUGGUAAAUCUCUCCCUACUGAGAAGUUUGCAGUGAGGAAGGCUCGGCGUUACUCCCCCUCCUUGCCUGACCCUGUAAAGCUCGUCCUGCCAGCCCUGGAAAUGAUGUAUGUCUGGAAUGGUUUUUCAAUAGUGGGUAAAAGAAAAGACAUUUCUGAAAAUCUCUUGGUAACCGUUGAAAUGGCUGAGGCAGCUUUACAAAAUCAAAACUUUAGCGACUACUCUGUAGAUGACGAGUGCUUAGUGCAGUUACUUAAAGGAUGCUGCCUCAAGAACCUGCAGCGGCCCAUGCAAGCCGAACUGUGUUUCAAUCAUGUUGUGGAAAGUGAAAAGCGGCUGAAGUAUGACCACUACUUAGUGCCAUUCACUCUGUUUGAGUUGGCAUUUUUAUAUAAAAGCCAAGGGGAAAUUGACAAGGCCAUAAAAUUCCUAGAAACUGCAAGAAACAACUACAAAGAUUACUCCUUGGAGUCCAGACUACAUUUCAGAAUUCAGGCAGCUCUUCACCUCUGGAAAAAACCCUCCUCGGAAUGAUCAGGACCCAGAUGAUGGAAUUCCCCCCAAGCAGAUGCAUCGGCAUCUGCUGUAGAUUAGACCUUGUUUUAAAGUGAGAAAGUGAUCUUGUGAAUAAGAGAUGGAAAAUUUAUUUUACUGUCAAUAUUUUCUAUCAUCUGAAUAGUUUACUGUUGGUCUCCAUAAAAAUGUUUUUAUUUUUCUUCCUGUGGAAUAACAUUCAAUAAUAGCUAGAAAAUUCUUAUACUUUGCGUCUCCAAAAAGAAUUUCACAUUAGGUUUUAAUUGGGGGGUGAAGAGUCUUUUUAGAGACUCAUAGGUACAAUAAAGACUAAUUAGAUUAUUUAUUUUUUUAAUGUGGAAAUUAAUAUUGUUUAGCAAAUAACUUACAAGUUGAACCAUUUUUAGAUUUGUUGUUGUCAGUUAAGAUUAGAGAUAUUUUGUUGCCUAGUAUUUAAAUCUCAGAGGAGAAAUAAAUAUUGCAUUAGAUAAUUUAAUGAACUUCUGAAGACCGAAAAAGACAGGCAGAGAGCAUAAACUUGGUUGGGAUAAUUACUUCGUGUUUUAAAGAGACUUGUACCUAUAAAAGAUCAUGAAACUCCAAGUUAUUGGGGUUUUACUCCUCUUAUUGGUUAAAAGUUGAGAGACUAUGCUGGUUUUGAAUGUACUUAAGUCUAUCAUAAAAACAAAAUUUUUAAAGCUUGUGUAUAUAAAGGAAAGAAAAAGUCAUAUUUUAGAAAUUAUCCUUAACCUUAGUGAUAAAGCCUAAAAUCUAAACAUUGAUUAUUUUUCUUAUAGGAAGCAAAGUUCUUGCAGCUUUAAAUGAUAUAUGAAAAUCAAUAAUUUUUACACUUACAAUGAUAAGAUCUCAUUUUCUAAUCUCUCUAGCACUGUGAUGGUUCCUUAUAAAUAUUUGGACUGUGCUUAAUCCUUUAAUUGAGAAAUAGGAUCAAGUCAGGGAGUAGGCAAAAUGCUGUAAUCCUGGCUCUGCGAUUGAAGAGCAGUUCAACAGGUGACCUUUAGGAAGUCCCUGCUCCCUAUGCAUCACCAUGGUUUCUUCAUCUAUGAUAUGGAAAAAGGAACAGAUGACUUAAAGGUCUCUUUCAGCUUUAUAACUGUGUGACAGUGUAUUAGGUAUUUAUUUUCGGCAGAUGUUAAAUGUUUUCAUCCAAACCAUUCCCACCUACAGCAUGUUUUAUUUUUCAGUCAUCACCAUUCCUUGCCCAUAUUGUAUGUGUUGUGGCUAAGGACCAGCUUUCAUCUAGAAUGUAGAAAAGCAGUUCAUGAAUCUGUGAGUCUGGGGUUUCGUUCCAUUUCUUUUUUGAAGAAGGGAGCUUGUCUUGGGAACCUCUUCAUUUUCACAGAAAGAGUCUCAGAUUGGGAGUCCUUCUCUGUUGGUUAAUCGUGCCAUGAUAUUGGAGAAAGUGGCUUAUACUUUCUGGGACUCAGUUUUCCCAGUGGGAAUAGCAAAGUAGUACUUGGUGCUCUUGAGGACUUAAUUAGAUAUUGCUUAUGGAGGCAUUUUGUAAACCCUGAAAGGCUAUAUGAAUAUGAGUUGUUGUAAUAAUUAUGGUUUUUAAUGCACUGAUUACAGUAUAAACAAAAAUAUUGGCUGAGUCUAUGGUCUGUGCUAUAAAAUGAAAGAAGUGUGGAAAUUUGAAAACCAUUAAAUUUAUUCAUGCAUUUAGCACUGAUAGUAGCCCAUAUAAUGAAUUUCUUCCUUGUUCUCCCCUGUUACAGGACUCUUUCCCUAGCAGGAAUUUGGUGAUGUUUUCUUUAAGGUGCAAAUUCUUGACCAAUGAAGAUGUCUUUCCAAUGGAAGAUAAUUAAUACAAGUCAAGUCAGAAUACUGCCUCUUUAGAUAGUAUGGUGGCAGAUAUCAAUAUGUGCUAUCAAUAUAAAUUACAUAAUUACUUAAGGUACAGACUGAAAAGGAAAUAAAUCAACUCAUUAUUUACUAUAAUUAGUAGUAAAAAACAUGUUCACUAAUUAUUUUACUUUGGAAAAAGUUUAUAAAUUCUUUAGGAGAGUUUUGGCAGCAAUAUACUCUGAUUUUUGUGAGAAGCUGCAAGUCAAUAAAAAAUAUUCUUCUGGUAUAAAAUGAAGAAAUCUUAAUCUAACAGUGGCUAUUUUAAUUGUAGCUACAUUAUCAAAUACAAAAGAAAUUCAUCUGUCCCAUUUAAAAUUUUCCUGUUAUUUUCUUUCUUUUUCUAUUUUCUAUCUAGUGCAUUUGUAAGUAAGUACUAUAAUAGCAUUAGUUCUGCUAUAUUUGUUUUCUCUCAUGCCUAAGAUAUUGUGCUGGCACCAAUUUCUUGACAUCAGCUGAUAUUGUAUUUUUGGAGUUAUUUUGUAAUUCAGGGUGUUAUAUGAAGUGACAUUGCUUAAUCUUUUGAGAGGCAUGUAUGACGACGUUGAAUUUCUGAUGUGUCUGACGUUGUAAUUUAUGUAAUACCUCAUAAAAUUGCCUUUUUUCUCCUUUUUAAUGGAGAGGCAUUGUUCUGAGUGGUGAAUUGGAAAUUUUUAAAAUUUGUUCUAAUUAGUUAUACAUGACAGUAGAAUGCAUUCUGACACAUCAUACAUAAAUGGACUAUACCUUCUUAUUUUUUUCAUUGUACAUGAUGUAGAAUCACACCAGUCACGUAGUCAUAUAUGCACAUAGAGUAAUAAUGUCCAAUUCAUUCUACUAUUCUGCCUACCCCCAAUGCUCCCUUCCCUCCCCUCCCCUCACUACCCUCUGCCUAAUCCAAAGUACCUCUAUUUUUCCCAAGAUCCUCUCCCCUUAUCGUGAAUUAGCAUCUGCAUAUCAGAGAAAACAUUCUGCCUUUGGUUUUGGGGGAUUGGCUUAUUUUGAUUAGCAUGAUAUUCUCUGGCGCCAUCCAUUUACCAGCAAAUGCCAUCAUUUCUUUUUCUUUUUUUUUUGUUUUUGGUACUGGGGAUUGAACUCAGGGGUACUCAACUACUGAGCCACAUCCCCAGCCCUAUUUUGCAUUUUAUUUAGAGACAGAGUCUCACUGAAUUGCUUAGUGCCUCACUUUUGCUCAGGCUGGCUUUGAACUCAAGAUACUCCUGCCACAGCCUCCCAGCCACUGGGAUUGCAGGCAUGCAUCACCACUCCCGGCUUAAUGCCAUCAUUUCAUUCUUCUUCGUUAAGGCUGAGUAAUAUUCCAUUGUGAUAUGUACUACAUUUUCUUUAUCCAUUUAUCUGUUGAAGGGCAUCUAGGUUGGUUAUUGUGAGUUGAUCUGCUUUAAACAUUGACAUGGCUGUGUCACUCUAGUAUGCUGAUUUUAAGUCUUUUUUUUUUUUGUAAUAUUUAUUUAUUUAUUUUGAUUUUAAGUCUUUUGGAUAUAAACCAAGGAAUGGGAUAGCUGGGUCAAGUGGUGGUUCAUUCCAAGUUUUCUGAGGAAUCUCCAUACCGCUUUCCAUAUGGUUCCAACCAAGUUGAAGUUCUACCAGCAAUAUAUGAGUGUACUUUUUCCCCCACAUCCUCACCAACAUUUAUUGUUGCUUGUAUCCUUGAUAAUUGCCAUUCUGACUAGAGUGAGAUGCAUUGUAUAUUUAAGUAAAUUUUUUGUUUCAUUGGAUUGGUGACAAGGCACCAUUUCCAUUUGGCAUUUAAUGAUAGAUUAUGUUGGCUCUUGACAUUUUCUAUACCCAGAGAUAUAAGUAGGUCCCAAGUUGUUUAGAAGAAAAAGUUCAUUGAUUUUUCCUUCAGAGGGCAGAGAUGAGACAAAGUGGAUAGAAGCUGUAAGGAGGUGAAUUCUAGAUUAAUCAGUGUUAAGAAAUAUUUUUAAUCAUUAGAAUGUUCCAACAGUCUUAGUCUAACUAGCUCUUUGGCAUUGGGGUGAGUUUAGUAGUGCUAUAUGACUAUCAUUCCUACCUGGCAUCAGUGCUUGGGCUAGUUGAAUUUGAGGUCACUCUAUGAGUCUUUGAUCAGGGUUUCAAAUCAGAGAGGUUUUGGGCAUAAAGAAGAAAAUGCCCCUUUAAAUAAAAGUGAAUGUUUCUUCUUUCAAAGGUCCUUACAUUGUGAUAGGCACCAACAGUAUCUGCUAUUGGUACUCAUUAUGAUUCUAUUUCUGUCCCUUCAAAACUAUUGAAGCUAUUGAUCUUUGUGAAUAGAGGUAUUUCUCCGCUUCAAUGAUAAAAGCAGUAAUUAAAAUAUGGUCUUUAUGACCAACUGGAAAUUUUUCUGUAAAUGAUAAAUAAUUAAAUUAAUUAAUUUUUUACUCUUUUUCUUUCUAGUGGGACUAUCCAUUUCAUAAAUCUUAAAUAUAUUUAGUUAAAACAAAUUAAUGAAGACUCUAGCAAUAAUUUUUGAAACCCUAAGAUUUUACUUUUCAUUGGCCCUGGAAUGGAUCUGGGGACAUUAUCUUAUCCUUUCCAGCUUUUCAACUGUAGUGGUUAUCCUUUCAUACUGUUUUGUCUGGUAUAAUCUCCACUUGCCACCUUGUGGCCAUUUAGCCGUUGAAAUGUCCAGGCUACACAGGAUUAUGCUGAUUGUCACAGGGGCCUUCCUUCAUACAUGCUGCAGUUUUGUCUAAAGAAUCCCAGGAUCCUGCUUCCUGGCAUUCUGGCUUUUGCUUGCUGUCUACUGUGACCACUUAGUCGCCACAGUUGCAUCAGGAAUUGUGUUGCAAAUAUCUGUGAGUUCACUUCUUCUGUUGAAGUGCCCUUAAACCUUCAUUUCACUGUGUUUGUUCUUCAGAUGUUCCAGGUCAUUGGCAUGUUUGAACGUUAGUCUCACCCCUUCUGACCCCUGCUGAGCUUGUAUACAAAUUAAAAGUUCUUAUUUUUUUAAGGUUACUGUUUUAAUAUGAUUUUAUAGACAUUCCUUGAUUUUCCACAAAGUGCGGCUGUUAGAAUUAUAGGAGAGUGAGUGACUGUCACCAUUGAAAUGUUAGUAGAUUUCAUGUGUAAAAUAACUUAUAAGAGCAUUAUUCUGAAAAAUUUAGUGAACUCUUUUUAAUCCCUUAAUUAGUGUUUCAACAUUGACUCUCUCAACUAGCCCAAUCUUACUCUUUCAAGUUUUUAGAUACAAGUUAACCACUUAGAAUAAUUUGGCAGAUUGAAAUUUAAAGUUAUAUAUAAAUGCCUUUUGCCGCCUAUUAUUAUUUUGAAUGUAUAUGAUACUUAAGCAAUAUGCAUGGCAUAUAUUUAAUCUCUAGACAUUUCUUGAUUAUAUAAGUCUAUUGAUUGCUAGACAAAACAACUUACAGUAUAUAGACAAUGUUUAUACUGUCAGGAGUGCAGGGUUUUCUCUAAAUUGUUCUUUCUCCCCAAUUAUUUACAUUUUUUUUUUUUUAAAGUGUAGGAGUUUGUUCUAUAACCCUUUUGCUGCUUCCCUUGUUGGUGGUUUUGUCUUUUGUGCAUUUACUGUUGGAUUUAGUAACUUUAGAAUGUUAAGCUUGAAAUUUAAUGAAAGACAUCAGAAUUUAUCAUAUCAUUUGGGUUGAGCAAUUUUGUCUGAUCUUGACAGACUCCCUUCCUACGAGGGAAUUGUUGAAAUCCAUUCCAGUCUGUUUGUAAAACUUCAUCACUAUAGAAAGAAAUGUAAGAACAAUUCUGUAUAUUGGGAUAGUUGAGCAGGUUCUUGGCUGAGCCAUUCAGAAGGCUAUGUGGAAGUCCAAGCCCCAUUCCCUCCUGUCUUCAGUGUACCUGUGACAUGUGUUAACAUACUAAUAAUACUGUAACAGGACUUUGCAUGGGAAAAAAAUCAAAGCAGCUGCCUCACUGUAUUUAAUAAAGAAUGCCUACGAUGCCUGCCAAUUGGAUAUUUUAAUAGGAAAAGUCAAGGUCUGUGCAUACCAAACUUCAAUAAGUAAAACUUGUUGAACAUACAAUAUACUUUGUGUUGCUAAUGCAGUAGUUCUUAGAAAUGUAUAAUUUUAAAUGAUGAAUUUAAGGGAUGCUGGCAUAUCCCAUUGGGAACAUUUGUUUUAUCGCUGCUUAACAUUUUCUAGCAUAUUGGGUUUAAUUAUGGUAGUCUGUUGGGUAUCAUUUUUGGGGAAAAUAAAGGUGUUAAUGUCAGUGUAACAGAACUGAUAGCAAGAGAAAUCGAAUAAAUGAGUACAUUAAAGAAUAUUACUUAUUUCAUUUUUAAAGGAAUUACAUUAUUUUGAAAUUUGAAGGUAUUCUCAACUUGAAGGUACAACCUGUCUGCUUUGGAAAUUAUGCAAAUAUUUUAAUUCAUUCUUUAAUGGAGCCAAAUGUGCAGGAAGCAAUUUUGGAGAUAAUAAAUGAGUUUAAAUAAUUUAUAUUAAUUCACUUUUUUUCCUGAAGCAAUUCAUUCUUCAUAGUAGACAGUUGCUUUUUGUGUAAGGAAAAAAUGUACACAUUUUGAAUCUUAGGCUGUUAGAUUUAAUGGCUUAAGAAAACAGCAUUGUUGGGUUCUGUUUAACUGAAAUUUACAGAGGGAGGGCAUAUGUGUUUGACUAUGUGCUGUCCAGAAAAACUGUUUAAUUCUCAACAAUAUGUUGUUUUCUUAUACUGUGUCAUACAAAUUCUAUAAGUAAGUAGUUUAUUUAUUAUCAUUUUUUUUCUUUGCUGAUUGUUGGUAUCUAAACACCUAAAAGAGUACUGACUCAUGUAUAUAUUGGUGUUUUAAAAUAUUUAUUUGCAAAUGUUCAUAGAACACUUAAUUUUUUUGAUGCAGGUUGCUAAAUUAUAUUUAAAAGCAAAUAUAUAUAUAUAUAUAUAUAUUUAAUAAGUGAGAAGUAUUAUUUUCUUACUGAAAUUUAUUUUCCAAGGCAAAUUUAUUUUAUACUGUUUCAUUUGGGAAACUUUGCUUUCUCUCAAAACAGAAAAUAAACCUGUCUUGUAGUCUGGCUACCUAGAAGCCCCUAAUGUUAACUUGUACAUGUAGGAGGCUUUUGAAAUUAUUUAAUAACAUUAUUUUUACUUUUGUUUGAAUUUUAAAAAAAGUUGAAAGCCAUAGCAUUUUGUAAGCCAGUUUGGAGUUUCCUGUUGAAUAAUCAGAGCUACAUAUAUGAACUUUAUAGUUCAAUUUUCUUAGUAAAAAUUUUCAGUAUCUUACCUUUUUCUUCACCACAUUUGAGCUUAAUCUCCUGCCUUUCACAUUCUCAGCAGUCACAGUUUUACAAAACAAAAUGUUUUUAGAAAUUGAAGAUGUAAGAGUCUGUGUGAGAUGAAUGUGUCAGUAAUAUCCUUCUGCUGUUCAACUAGGCACUGGUACCUGAAAGUGAAAUAGAUUGAAGCUGUAAAAGCAUUUUAUCAAUACAAAUCAAGAAGAAACUGUGAACUUCUUAUAAUUUUAAUAUAAAAGCUAUGUUCCCAAUGAGUAUUCUCUUGUUGAUUGUGUUAAUGUUUUGUCUGCAAUUUGUAAGUUUAAUGCUGAUAUUUGAUCUAAAUUUUCAACAUGAAGACAGCAUUUCCUGUAGGCUAUUUUUUUUUAACCAUUCAAACAUUUUUGGAAAACAGAUGUCAUCUUAGAAAUUGCAUUUUUAAGUGCAAAUAAAUCAUCCCAAAUUGCAAGUCAACAUGUUUUAUUUUUCAUUCCUUAGUAUUACAGAAUAUUCUGCAUUAUUAAAUACAUGUUUAAGUUGCCAGGUUUUGUUUUUCAGAAUUCUGUAUUUUCAUAUUGCUAUAACUGGUUUACCUACAACAUGCAAUUGAAUUGUUCCUUAAAUAAAUGACACUUGAUGCA